AUGAGCGAUAAACGAACUCGCACGAAGUUGGAAGAUUUAUCUAAUGAGGUAUUAAUGGAUUGUUUCGAAUACCUCAAUGCUCCAGAUGUAUUCUACGCAUUUGAACAACUCAAUCCUCGCUUUUACCGAUUGGUUCGAGCUAUUCCAUUGCGCUUGAAUUUUGAAGAUAUUGACAAAAUAAUCUUCGAUCGAUUUUGUGAGAAAAUGUUAGAUUACACGGAAAUUCAACAGCAGAUCUAUUCAAUAAAACUUUCCAACGAACAAACACAUGGUCAAAUCCAAGCAUUUUUCAUUUAUUUCUCGUUGGUAGAGUUCACUCGACUACGUUCGUUAACACUGAUCGAUAUUAAAGAAAACAAUAUGGAACAAUUAUCAUCGACAAUUCCACUACUUACAAAACUUACAUGCCUUCGAUUAAUUAAUUCCCAGUCGCCUUCUUUUAAUCUUCUUUCUGCACUACCGAGAUGCCGAGAAAACAUAUUUCCAAUAUCAUCAUUCUCUCAAAAUAUCGUACCGCUUACAAAGUUCUCUAUAUAUUUUUGCAGUUUAACUGAUAUAUUUCGGCUACUACCGCAGAUGCCAUUCUUACAGUAUCUGAAUGUCUUAUGGGGUUCACAAUUUGAGCCGCUCUCAUCUGCUGAGAUCAACCGUCUUCAUGGUCGUGUCAAUUGUCUAGAGCGUCUAGCCGUGUCUGGUUGCACAAUCGAUACUAAUGAUCUGAUGAGUGUCAUUUCAUGUAUGACUAAUUUACGAAGCUUAACUAUUUUGGUGAGCGGCGAGUCCGACAUAAUCGACGCUUCUCGAUGGCAACAACUGAUUACUCAUUCGUUGCCACAUUUAACUGUAUUUCGAUUUAACUUCAGUUCGAGUAAUCAAGAUGAAAUAGCUCGAAAGUACAAUGAUUUUCAAACUGAUUUUUGGAUUGUAGAACAUCAAUGGUAUACCGAGUGUUUAAUAUAUGAAUCGCAAUCAUCUAUUUUUACAACGCCUUGGCCAAGUUACAGAAAAUUAAUUGGGCUCACGCGUAAUCGUCGUUUCAAUAAAUCAAUUAAUCAGUCAACGACAUCCAACAGGGUCAAAUGCUUAAAUAUAUUUAACACAGAGCUGAUAUCACAUAGUUGGUAUUUUCCUAAUGUCACAUCAUUGGCGUUUGGUUCCUUGCCUGUAAUCAAGAAUCAAAUUGAUGAGCAAAACUUUGUUUCUUCUCUGAAACAGGUAGUGAAUUUACUGAACGUGAAACAUUUAGAAAUUCCGGCAUGUGUCGAAACGGCAAGGCCAACACUUUUAUUGAAAAUUCUCCGAGAAACACCGCACGUAUCGUCUUUGACUACCUUCUUUUGCAUCGUAAAUCUGGUGAAAAGAAACAAAGAACUUCAUCAACUCGCAAGCGAAAUGAUAACGAAAUUAAAUUUUUGUAUACGUUCUAGCAGUUCGGAUGCAUGUGUCAAUAAACGUCGUGAUAUGAGUUUAAUACGUCAAGUUUUUCCAAAUCUCGAACAGAUAACUUAUUCCAUGAUACGGUUUGAACCAUGUUUAUUCUUGCUGAAGAAUUUGCCGCGACUCUCAAGAAUGAGCAUUACUUUUUAUCAAAGAGACGAAGACGGUUGCUUUGACGAAUUGAAAAACGAAUUAUCGAAAUUGAAAAAUAUUUUUUUCCAUGAAGAACUUUUGGGUGUUCGACAUGACUGCAAAGUGAUACUUUUCAGUUUCUGGGUGAGCCGUGGCGAUGUAAAUCCGUAG